UUUAACUUCCUGGAUUAGCUCAACUUCUGUCAGUCCAUUGGUUGUCGAUGUCAAGUCAUGCUAGCUCCUGUGUUGUCUCCCCCCCGCCCCCAGUUUUAGGUUUAUUUAAGGUUUUUGUUCUUACUUUGAUUAUUGGACUCAGUUUAGUUUACUGUUUUUGGAGAUUCUGAGCUCCUCCCUCCACUUGAGUCCUCCAUGUCUCCGUCCUGCGCUCGUUGCCUUCGUAAGACCGCACCGUUCUCGUUAUUUGUGGAUUCCUGAAUUUCUGGCUGGGACAGAAAAGUUAAUACAAUUUGAAAUUCUUCCUUCCGGCUCAAAAUGGUGAAACACAAAACGCUCAUCGAAAAUGGAAAAAGGCCAUCUAGCGAACAAGGAGAGGCAACCUGCAACUCGACCAGUCUGGAACGAGAUGCAUCGUCGUGCUUUUUCCAGUGCGUGGGCUCGCCAGCAUCAAAUACUGGCCGGGAUCACAUGAGGAAUCUGAAAGGGAUGCUGGAAGCUGCAAUGGACGUUUAUACCUUCAUGAGGUCCAGCGCCAGGGGGAGGCACAUCAGCCUGCAGGGGGCGUUCUUUUUGGACCCAGACGCGGAGCCUCUCCACAAUGAAGCCCUGGUAGAGAUGUGGAUGGAGGUCAAGAUGAAACCGCUGUUGAAGUCAAUCAACAGACACGUCCUGGCCUGCCUCAGCACCAAGAACUUCAGCUGCUCCACCUACCAAACAAUGGUGAAGGAGCUCAGCCAACAUUUCUCUGAGAUGAUUCCUGCCAGGCAAAAAUGGAUCUACUCAUUCUUCAUGUAUCCCUACCUGUCAAGACACGGAGUCGAUGGUUGCGUGAAUCCAAAUGAGAGCAGUGAAGAAUGGCUGUUGAAGAAUUUCGGCUCCUUCAGCGUCAUGGCUAGAAUAUACGACUUACCAGCGCUGAACAUAGUUUUCAGCAGCCUGGAAGUUCUUCACCUGCUGUCUCCGGCGCAGAAGGCCGAGCUCCUUAUGAGGCCCGAAGUGGGGGGGUUGACCAACGACUCCCUUUCCCUGGUCUUCCACAGUUUGAUGGCAGAUGACCCACUAGAACACUCCCCCGAUUCUGGAGGGAACCACAGCUGGAACGAGUCUGGAUACCUCCGACCGACCCACAGCCUGUAUUUACCUCCAUCUCCUCACAACACUCUCAGAGAGGUGAUUCAAGGCCUCGCGGUGGCUUUCAGACCAAUCGGGAGCUUCGUUCAUGAAUUUGUCACCUUCACCAAACAGAGAAAUGGGUCAGAAAUAAGAAGCAGCACGCUGAUGCAGUUCCUGCUCAACUGGACUCUGGCGGAGAUGGCCAGUCACUACAGGCCCAAUCCGGCACCCGUCGCACUGGAAGCGGCAGGAUUGGACACGAUGGAGGGCUGGUACCGACGCGUCGUCCUACCCAUACUUCGGAGGUUUUCCAACAACGACGAAUACCUGAUGAGCGACCACCUCAUGCUCGCCUUCCAACACUUGUUCUUCUUGGAUCACAACGCUGACAACGAGACAGCUGAAGAUGUUUGCAGCGUCAGAAUUGACGGGAAUCCUUGUGGGUUGACUGAUGCGGUGGGAAAUGUGGCGCGCAUCAUGCACUGCGCGGCUCGUACCAACCUGACCAUGUCCGAAGCCGACGUCUUGAGACUGAUUUUGGAGCUGACGGAACGUCUCAAUUUGUUGAUACAGGAGUUUACCACGGCUAACUUCACCGAGGUGGCGUCUGGCUUCCGGGAAAUCUUCAGCGAGGCCAACCCUGCCGCUCUGACUCAGGAAAACCCGCAAGACCCGAAAACCGUCACCAUGUGGUUCUAUAUCAAGUUGUCACCCCUCCUUCCCAACAUAUCCGCCGACUUGCUCUCCUGCUUGAGCACCAACGACUUCUCCUGUCCCGCCUACCAAACCCUAGUCGCUCUCCUCAGCAAACACGUCGGCUACUUGGAUCCCCGUGCGAUCCACCACCGAAACAUCUACACGCACUUCAUCUUUUCAUUCAUGUGGCGUCAAAACAUGUCCGAUGCAUGCUUCUCAGCUAAUAACAGCAAAGAAUGGCUGCUGAAGAAUUUCGGUUCCUUCUCGCAAGUCGCUAACAUCACAGACUUCUAUAACCUCAACCCAAAGUUCUCAGGACUGGACGUCCUGGACCAGCUGUCUCCAAAACACGCAGCCCAACUGAUGCUGCUGCCUCUCCCGACCCCUCCCGAGAAGGACGUCGUCGUCGGAGAGGUGUUUGAAUUCCUGCUGGAGUCCCCCAGAGAGAGGAGGCUUCAGGAGGUCUUGCGUGAGCUGGUCAAUCUGGCCGAAGAGGUCGGCUUUCCCUGCGCAGUCUACAAACCCAUUUUUGAGCAGUUGCAAAGCGCCAUAGUGUCUGUGCCUCCCGAUAUGGAAUUUCUCAUUCGGGAGACAGUGGACCAACUCAUCCAAUUCACGCCGGAAGAGUGCAUCCCUGACAACAUCAAGUGCUUGAUAAUCCAGAUUAAUGCGACAGACAUCUGCAAGGGAAGUGAGAGUUCCGACCUUCAUCUGGCCCUGAGUACAUCUCCGGACGUCCCCUGCAACUUUACACUGGAGGAAUACGCAUGCACACAGCUGCCGAACUUCACGGCCAAUCAGCUGGCGUCUCUUCUGUUGUGCAAUCUGCCCAGCGACAGCAAACAUUCUGUAGUGCGUUGGAAAACCCUGCUGAGUAAUCUUUCCGACAUCUUGGAUCCGGCCUUGGACAUCCUAGCCAGCAUGCCCGAGAACGCAAUCGGACCUUCAGCGCCUGAAAUUCUGGAUGUGAUCGGCGAGAUCCGCGUGGCGCUGCUGAGCGAAGCCCAGCUACAGAACGCCAGCGUUAUCGCCGAGUGGUUCUCGGAGCGCCUGAAUGCCUUCCUGCCGUCGGCGUCCGCCAAUUUCCUGCGCUGUCUGAGCCACAGGAACCUCAGCUGUCGAUCCUACCAACAGAUCCUGGACGUCUUCAAGCAACAUUAUGACGACAUCCCGGAGACGCAGCGGAUUUUGAUCUUGCGGAACUUCUUCCUCACUUUCCUGUCUCGUCCGUCCUCAGGCGCAGGCUGCCUUUCGGGAUUCAACAGCAGCGCAGAGUGGCUGACGGCGAAUGUGGGUCCAUUUUCCGAGUUUUUGACCGUCAAAGAGAUUCUGCUGCUCAACUCCGAGUUCAACCCGCUGGAGGCCCUGCCUCUUCUGUCUCCACGGCAACGAGCGGAGCUGCUGUUCACUGAGUUUCCCGUUCCCCCGGGGACAGACGUCAUGGGCGAGCUGUUCGAUCAAAUGACCGAGUCGCCCGAGGAAUAUUUGAAAAUCCCCGCAUUCCUCACACACCUGCUCGCUUCCCUUCGGCCACCAUUCAACGGAAACCUUUCCUGUUCCUCAUACAAAACACUGUUCACAAGGCUGGACUUGGCCGUCACCGCCGUUCCUCUCCACGCGGCGUCGUUCAUCAGCUCCAGCAAGUUGGAGCUGGCAGAGUUUGUUCCGCCUGGUUGCAUCAUAUACACUGGAGAGUGCACUGUAACGCCAAUCAAUGCCACCGAGAUAUGCACGGGAGUAAACAGCACCGCACUGCAGCUCCUCCUUGACAGCGGCGCACAAGAAGGACGUCUGUGCGACUUUGCCACGGAGCAAGUGGCGUGCGCGUCGUUGACAGCGCUAACAGCUCCAGAUCUGUCCGUGAUCUUCACAUGUGGCCACUCGGCAAACUACAACCACACGAGAACCGUCUGGAAGCUCCUCCUGAGCAAAUCCUUCCACUUGCUGAACCAGUCUCUGGACCUUCUCGGCGACAUGAUAUUUAACCCCGGGAAUCCCGCCGCCUCUGCUAUUUUGGACGCUAUCCUCGAAGUGCAACUAGACUCCUUGCUCAGAUCCCACGUCAACGAUCACGACUUUCUGGAGCUCUGGUUCAAGCGCAGGCUUCGCCCGUUUGUCCACGCGGUAUCGCCUGACUUCCUGUCAUGUCUCGCCACCAAGGAUUGGAACUGCACCAGCUACCAGCACAUUGUGCAGUCUCUGAGUGACGUCCAGCCCAACAUGAGCAGCGCCGUCCAGACGUCAGUUGUAACACGCUUCAUCAGGGUCUUCUUGACCCGCAAGGACGUGGCCGAUCCCGGCUGCGUUGCCCACUCCCAAAACAGCAGCGAAUGGCUUCAGUUGAACUUGGGCGCCUUCUCCCACCUGCUGCUCAUCAGCGAGCUGAAGAUGCUCCACUCCAACUUCUCAGCGUUCGAGGCCCUCGCGCAAUUAUCGGUGAGACAGCUGGCCGACCUGUCCUCCGAACCGGGUCAACUCGCCAGCCCUGCCCACGUCGCCAUGGUGACGAAGCACGUCCCCGACCGGCUCCUGCCCGCGUUCUUCGACGACUUCUCGCCGGUUAUCGUGGGUAACGAAAGCCUAUAUCCCGCCCAAGUGAGGUCAGCCAUGUUGGAGGUUGUGUUCGACCGCGCGAACCUCUCCGAUGCGUCCGUCAACGACGCGGCGGUGUCAGUGUGGCUCCGCCGUCGACUGCCCCCGCUGCUGUUCCAGCUGUCCCCGCAGCACGUUUCUCCGUUCUUCAAAAUCCUGUCGGCCAAGAACUGCAGCGCCGAACGGGAGGGAGUUAUGGGCCUCAAUGACACCAUCUCGAGUCUCGGCGAACUCACACAGAAGGAAAUACACGAGCACAUCGUUCAGGCUCUCCAAGAACCGACCCCUCUGCGUUGCUAUGACAACAACCAAAGUUACUACCUCUUCCUGGAGAGUUCGUUCAUGGGCUUCCAGCUGCCCAACCUGACCACCUUCCUGUCCCUCAUUCCUCAGGACCAAAGGAAACAGUUGGUGAACUCGGUUGCUCCAUCCGAGCUCGGCGACUACCUCCGCCGGCCUGACAUCGUCGACAAAGACGACGAACUUUGCUCCAUCUUCAGCAACUACCUCAAAACGCCCUCGUUCCUAGAGACGGAGACGCUCCCGGUGGAGGUGAGGGAGCCGACGCUACCCUGCGUCUGGCCUUUGGCUUUCGGCAGCUCCGCCAGAUCGGAGGUCGAAGCCUGGUUUGACCGACGCCUGGCUAACUACUUGGAUUUCCUCACACGGGAUCUCGUCAGAAACGUCACGACGUACGACGCCUCCUGCCUGGCCUUUCGGAAAUUUGUCUCGGUUCUUGGCAUCUUGAACUUCUCCGCUGUGGACUUUGUGAGGCGAGACGUGUUCGAUACCGUCACGACCUACCUCAACUCGGAAUCGGAGCCAAAGUGUUACAACGCAAGCGACCCAGAGCUGAACUCAACAGCGUGGUUCGCCGAAUACAUCGGACCCUUCUUCGAAUUCAUCACUCUGCAAGAUCUUCUUACAUUCGGAUCCCCAGAGAUUCUGCAGGUGUUCACUGUGGAUCCCCAGAACAUUGCCAUCUUCAACCAAACCUCCUUACCCGCCGACGUCAACCGCUACUACACACAACUUUUAUACAAGCAGGACAGCAACUUCAACCCCUUAAUCCUUCCUCUGUUGUUCCGCUGCUUCGUGCCGGGGAUGGCGUUCACCCAGUUGUCGGCGAAUGAAAGCAUGAUUGUUCUGCACAACCUGACCACCUUGUGCGCCGACCUGGAUCCGCAGGUGGCUGCUGCAUUGGCAGAAAAUCUCGACGACGAUCUCGACUCCGCCGCCAUAGAGGCCCUCGGCCAACAGAGCACCGGCUUGUCUGUGGGCCAGAUCAAGACCAUCGCCUCCGAAGAUCUGCAAGAGGCCCUGAGCACGAUGAGCAAUGUGACGGGCUGGCAGGGAGGCCAGGCCAAGGCCAUAAUUUCUGCUCUCAUGUCCUCGGGGCUCAUGCAGAUCAACGACUCCUUGUCGCUGUUGACGCUGGGCUCUCUCAUCAUCGGCGUGCCCGCGAAUAUUUUCGGCGACAUCGACGGAUCGGAGCUGAUCGCCGCCUCCCGGGACCCGACGUUCCGGACGCACUUCACGACCGCCCCGCUGAUCAUCCACCAGGUCUUCGUGUCGCAGAUCAUCUCAGUGAACAGCAACAGCGACGUGAUCGUGGAGAACGUUCCGGACGAUUUAGCGUCGGAGAUUCCCGGCUCUCUGCUCCUGGGCUUUAGCCCCAAUGAGAACGUUUUGUCCGAGCUCAACAGGAAGAAAUGGAAACACCAGCAGGCCGAGCUGUUCUUCGAGGUUAUCGCCGUGGAAUCGGCGACGACGUUGCUGGGAAGCGCAGACAAUUUGUCGUCGUCCGUGCUGCAAGGCUUCACGUGCACUUCGGUGAGGACCUUGGAAAAGUCGCAAGUCAAGAAGCUGAUCCGGGCGUGCCGCAGGAAAGGCGAGAACAAGGUGAACCUGGUGCAGACUCAGCUGACCUGCAUGUACAACCACAUAAAAGGAGAGCCGGACGCCACCAGCUUUGACCUUUACCCCCUGGAUGUUCUGCUGUACUACAAUUACUCGCUGGUGCCGCAGGCCACCUGCAGGUCUUACUUUGAAGAGCUGGCAGAAGCCGACUUCUCCGUCUUCUCUUCGGAGCUCGCCGGCGUACCGGGAGUUCUGUUCGAUAAUGCGCGGAGCUGCCUGGGCAUCACCAACACAAGCUUGACGGCGAUGGACGUAUCGGUGUUAGGGAACAUGUGUUGCACGCUGGACGGCGCGUAUAUCGCCACCUCGGACGGAUCCAUCCUGGGGAAACUGCAGAACUGUGCCGAGCUCAGUGAGGUCCAAGUCGCGGCGGUGGAAGCGCUGCUGCUGAGCGGGAACACCGAAUAUGGUACUUCGUCCAAUUGGACCCAAGCAACCUUGGAGGGUCUUGGAAUUUUACCUCUGUUCAUGACAUCCAACUUCUACGUCAACUUUGACCGAGAAACAAAGCGAAGUUUCUUGAAGGACUUCCUGAAAGUUCUCAGGGAAAACCGUGUGGACAAGCAGAAGCGGAAGAGCCUGAAGAUAGAAAUCGGGAAGUCCAUUCCAAAGAAGGCCAAGCGCUCACUCGCGAACGAGUGCACGGUCGGCUACAUCACGCAGGUGACCGUCAGCGACGAGACGUUCCCCUUCGACUACGACGACGUCGGUCAGUUCGACUGCUGCCUCAACGCCACCGUCGUCAGGGACAACCUGGGCGCCAUCACGGCCAAGGUGGACCAGGACGAGUACCUCGAGGUCGUUCUGGAGAAGCUGCGAGAGGUGUAUGCAGACCAGUCAGCCAUCCCGGAGGAUCAGGUCCAACUCCUUGGACCGGCUUCACGUCAAGCCACCGUCGAUGACGUCAACUUGUGGGACGUCGCUUUGGUGGACACGCUGGCCUCCCUCAUGGAUGCGUCCAACGGGCCCUGGAACGCGACCCUGGCCGAGCGGAUCAUCACCAAAUAUCUGAGUCACGUCGGGAACACGCUCGGCAGCGCGGAGCUCAACGCCGUCGGAGGCGACAAUCUGUGUUCCCUGGACGCUGAUGUCCUCCAAACUAUUUCGGCAGAAAGUCUCAGAAACGCGAGCGUCUUGAAUGUGUCCACCUGCACGCUGGUGAAAAAGCAAGUUCUCUUCAAUGUCGCUUUAGAAGCUUUCAGGGGAAGCACACGCUCCACCGUUUCCACAUCGGAGUACCAGCUAAUGACCCCUUUUGUUGGGGGCGCGCCACCAGAAUACGUUAGCGCUCUGGUGGGCUCUGACGUCAACAUGGAUCUGGAAACGUUCAUUUCGCUGGAUCGUUCCGUUGUUUUGGGUUUGAGUGUACGUAACGUUAGCGGUCUUAUCGGCACCAACUUGCCAGACUUGAAGUUGUACGAAAACCAAGAGCUGGUGCAAGAAUGGAUCCAAAACCAGUUCCAGUCUGACCUGAACACGCUAGCACUGGGCCUGCAAGGUGGCAAAGCUGACCCCACAGCACCCCCCACAAAAGGCUCCAACCAACCAUCUCCGGGAUCUACGGCCGGUUCCAACCAACCAUCCCCGAGACCUACGGCCGGCUCCAACGGUUCCCGUGCGAGAGCAGCGGCCGGCGGGCUCUCGCUUCUCAUCCUCGGCCUGUUGGUCACAUCCGUUUGAUCGACUCACGCGUGAAUGGUUUUCAUAUUGAAAAAUAUUGUUUAUCAGGAUAUCAUAUCAGAUGAAGUGAUUCCCAACCGUUGAUGAUCAGGUAUGCUGCGACAUGUUUUACAAUUUCACCGGAUAGGUACUCAUUAAUACCUUUUGUUCAGCAACGUAUCGUGACAAGCAGGAUUGUAACAUAGAUAACUACUAGAUAGCAUUUGCACUCGACUUGUGUAUCCUUCCGUUAACAUUCCGAAAUGAGAAUAAAACUUUCAACAGGGCCAGAUUUCACAAGAAGUCCAUUUGUAAAUAAAUUGUCGCCAUCAUCGACAUUGGUGUGACUUUUUUUGGUGGUGUGUAGUUAAAAUUCAUGUAAAGUACUCCCGUGUGCCUUUGGGUGAAUAAAGGUUGCAAAACACGGACA